CAGACCAUCCUGAUCAUGUUGAGGUCAUCGGCUGACCCAACAUGUACUUCCUCUUGUGGAGUAACAUACUGCAUGUACGGCGCUUCACAAAAGUGCUGACGGCUGCAGUCCAGCCCAACCCAGAAAGAUCACAAUGUGCACAGUUAACUGGCUCUACAGUCAGAAUGUUUUCAAGGCCACUGUUUGGUGCUACUAGUUACAAAUCAAAAAGGGAAAUGGAAAAUGCACACAGCAGUCAUGCAGGGGUCUAAGGAGGUUAAAGAUUCUACGUGAACAUCUGAACAGGACUGAUGAUACAGGCUCUGACAUGAGAGAGAGGAAUGCUGGCAAACCUCCAGAGAAACACAGACCAUUUGUCCUGACAUUUGGGCAUUGUGUUUAUAAAGCAUUGAGCAGAAGCAGCACAGUGGCUCCCCCCUCAGGCCAGUUGCAGUACUGCAGUGCUGCCCACCAACAGCAGCAAAUCUACUUCAUGGCCACAAGUCCAAAACUCUGUAGUACGUAUGACUGUUACAAGAAGGUGAGAAGGUAAACUGACAAUCAAGAGGUGGCGAGGUGACACACAAGACGUAUGACAUGGAGGUCAAAAGUCACCUGAUAACAGGCCCUGAUCUGCAGGCUGGUAUGGACAGUAAGCAGCGUGCCGAGCGAAUGGUCGAGCUGCAGGAGAGACGCAGGAGUCUGCAGUCACUGCUCAGCACUCGAUUAGCAGAACUCAGAUGCGUGUGUCUACAAGAGGCGGAACUGACGGGAGAAGUUCCUCACGAAUUUCCUCUUGAAACCGGAGAGAAGCCCCCUCUCGUGCGCCGCAAAGUUGGUUUGUCCUACAGUGGUUCCAAACAUAACACAAAAAAUGAGGAAGAGGACUCCUCACAGCGCAAGACAAAGAAAACUCUGUUCAGUGGCGCCCUCCGCAGGCAUGUCGAUUCAGAACAGCAUCCUCAGCAUGGCAAAAGAACAGUUCAUAGAGGAUGCCACACCGAUAACACGGUGAAGUCAGAAAGCAGCUCCACGUCAGAUUCAACCAAUCAGGACACUGAAGAAACCUCUGACAGCCUGUCACCCCAGCUGGUCUUGGGGAGUCCAGACAGCAGGUUUUCUCGCAAACUCUCCCCAUUGGAGAUUUACUACGAGAUUAAAAAACGCCGCAACUCUGUGGCCAGCUCAGCCAGCCCCAGUCACUCUCUUCCAAGGUGUGUGUCCAAUUUGGAAGGUAGAAGUGUACCAGCAACUCCACUCCUGUCCCGGAACGGAAUAACAGGAGUCCACAUCAGGUCAGAAUUAUCAGGUGGCACUGCUGCUGUAAAGCAGUGGUCAGACAAUCCUGAGGCGCCACAGCUGGUGCCUUUACAGUCUCAGGAGGUUUCCUCCUCAGGGUCCUACGAACAGGGAGGUGGCCCACACAGCUCUCAGACUCGGCGCAGCAACAGCUCGGAGACGCUACUCAACCGUAAUGCCACUGUAGCAGAGGAGGGAAGUCAAAGGUCAGGCAUGCCUGCGCGCAAUGGACCAUACAAGAGCUCGGAAGCACUCUUGGUCACUACUUUAAAACAGGCACAGUGGAACAGCCCUGACCACCAGGUAAACAGACACACCGAACUGAGUCGCGUUCGCUCGGGUGUGGUAGGUCAAGGCACGAAUGGAGAUGUCGGUUACAGUGAAAUUCUCAUGGAUUAUGUCUGGGGAAAACAACAGAAGAUGCAGGCGCAGCAACAACAAAGACUGCAGGUUCAAAAUGGUGUAAAAACCCAGCCGUGGCCCGAGGGUUCCAAUGCUCCGCCCCCGCCCUACAGGAAUGGCUUUCCCCAAUCGCAACAAUUUAUCCUGGGCACUGGUCCUCCGGCGUACAGCCCCCUGAUGCUGAGAGGCAAGCCUGGGGAGCCACGGAGGGUCAAAGUGACCCGCACAAAAUCCUGUGGCCCAUUUGUGCCCGCACAACAGCACCAGCAAGAGUCCAUCGUACUCUCUGCAUAUACGGAGACCAACACGUCCAAUGCCAUUAAUGCAAUGCAUAAACAGCCGAUGGACCACCCCCACAGACCGCCCCAAUAUCCCUUUGAGUCAUCCGCCCCAACAACCCCUGAUGACCCCACACGCAGCCUGCACAAGGCACUGGCGCUGGAGGGGUUGAGAGACUGGUAUCUGCGCAAUGCACUGGGGCAGACAGCCAAUGGAGUGAAGGGCAAAGAGGGAACACAGACUCAUCGCAGACGUACAACGUCCUCUAUGCACAACUCGCACCCUCACCCACCCCUCAAACACCAGCCACAGUCCUUUCAAGGAGACACACCCUAUCCACAGCUGCCCCACUCAGCAACGUUUCAUGGGCAUCCUCUACACGGCAGGUCGGUGGAGCUCUCUUUGUACCAAGACACCUUUCCUUCUAAAAUGCAGGAUAUGACACUUAAAGAGACCAGUAAUGACAGACCCACGCCAGGCACGCUGGUCUGACAUGCAAACAAACAAACUUACUCUUGCGUACAUCUCAUGCAAACACAAAGAGACUAAAGCAAACACCAGCUUAUGUGUGUAUGGAAUGACGUCAGAAUUUUUUGCUUCCUUUCACAUAGAUUCAACAGUCAGAAUGAAAUAAUUUUGACAGAAAAAAACAGUAUUCUUGAUAUGCUCAGAAUUGAGACACUUGUGGUCAAGAUCCUUCUGCAGCAUGAAAUCAAGCUCAUCUCUGAGUUCCUGUAGACAUACUAACAUACUAUAUAAUUCAGUAAAUUACCCUUCUUAUCAAUCAAAGUAAAAGCAAGCUAUGGCAGAGAUAUGCCAAAAAAUGAUACAAGCCACACAUAAUAUGACAGUAUAUUUUCAUUAGUACAAAAUGGGAAUAAAUUUCUGUUUUAUUUAUUUUCAUGGCACUAUUGUAUUCUGUGGCACUAUUUCCUUGAUUAAUGUGCACAAAACUGUAUACAAAGAGUUCUCGUUUUUCAUGAGAAUCCAUUUUUGGUUGUAAAAGGAAUAGUU